GCAGCAGCAGCAAUGACAGCAGCAGCAGCAGCAGCAGCAGCACGACGACGCAGCCUCUCGCAAGCAGCGACGGUCAGCGUGGUUCUUCUGAACCAACCACCAGCAGCAGCAGCAGCAGCAGCAGCAACAGCAGCAGCAGCAGCAGCAGCAGCAAGGAGGAGAUGAUAGUUUCAGGGGGAGCGAAGGACCUGGAGUACGAUGAGCUGCUGCGGUCGUUUACAGCAACAGAGCAGCGGCAGCUGGUUGCUGCUUGCUUGGAUCUGCUGCUGCUGUUUCCUGCUGCUGAUGGUGAUGCUGUUCUAGCUGUGCUGCAGCUGCUGCGGCGCCUAUCCUCUACCUACAGCAACGCGCUCAUGCUGCUGCUGCACCAGCCGAAGGGGCGAUACAGACAGAUGCCCUCAUCACCUCAGCAGCAGCAGCAGCAGCAGCAGCAGCAGCGGGGGCAGCAUCAGGUUGAGGGGGAGGAGUUCGAUCAGCAGCAGCAGCAGCAUGAGUUGUUGUAUGAUCAGCAGCAUGUGCAGCAGCAGCAGCAGCAUGUGCUGCAGCAGCAGCCAUUGGGUUGGGGCCUGGGUUUGCUGCUGCGGCUGCCCCGCAGCAGCAGCUGCAGCGGCUUCGUUUCUCUUCUUUGUUGUAUUAUAACGAACCUGCUGGAGGAGCCUUCGCUUGUUGCUGCAUGCGUUGAGCGGGGCCUCCGCGUUGCGUUUGCUGCUGGCAGCAGAAUGGCGCUGCAGACACAUAUCAGGGUGCAUGGGUCUCCACCUGCUGGAGAUACCCCGAUGCCGCUGCUGCCGCUGGACUCUGUGCUGAAGUCUUUGGGGCCGCUGCUGUCUCGCAACCCUUCUCUAGUGGAGCAGGUGUUGAGUUGCUGCUGCAGCAUACACAAGCAGGUGCUGCAGCCGCAGCAGCAGCAACGACAACGGCACCAGCACAGCACCAAUGGCAGAGGACAUAGUCCCUGCAGCAUCUGCAAGCAGCAGCAGCAGGAGCAGCAAGAGCAGCAGCAGCAGCAAGAAGAGAAAGAGAAGGGAAAGGAGAAGGAGGAGAAAGAACAGCAGCAGCAACAGCAGCAGCAAGAGGGACAACCACAGCAGCAGACAGAUAAACAUUCUAACGAACAGGAUACUUCAGCUGCUGCUGCUCCUGCUGCUGCUACGCCUGCUGCUGCUGCUGCUGCUGCUGAUGGUGAGAGACCUGCAGCAGACAGCAGCAACAGCAACAGCAGCAGCAACGACAACGGCACCAGCACAGCACCAAUGGCAGAGGACAUAGUCCCUGCAGCAUCUGCAGCAGCACCAGCAGCUCAAGGAAACAGCAGCAACAGCAGCAGCAGCAACAGCAGCAGCAACAGCAGCAGCAGCAGCAGCAACGACAGCAGCAGCGUAGUACCCCGCCAGUUCUACCCCAGCAGCAUCUUCGUCGGCCCCAAGGCAGGCUAUCUCUUUGGGCGGGGCUCGAAGGGUUUGGGGUAUUAUUACUGCAGCAGCAGCAGCAGCAGCAGCAGCAGCAGCAGCAGCGACAGCAGCAGCAGCGACAGCAGCAGCAGCAAGUGGUGCUGCAGCGAUAAGUCCUUUCAGGAGGUUCUGUUGCUUGGAUGGUUGAAUGAAGACAAAAGGCAGCAGCAACAACAGUUGCUGCUGCAGCAGCAGCAGCACUUGCAGCAACAGCAACAGCAGCAACAGCAGCGGCCGCAACAGCAGCAGCAACAACAGCAACAGCAACGCCAAUCACAGCAGCAGCAACCGCAGCAAGAACAGCAGCAACAGCAGCAGCCUCAGCAACCACAUCAGCCCCCACCACCGCUUCCGCAGCAGCAGCAACCGCAGCAGCAGCAGCAGCAACAGCAACUGCAGCAGCAGCCGCAGCAGCAGCAGCAGCUGCAGCGGCGAGUGCGUCGGCUGCUGCAGGCAGCAACAAAGCCACCGCUGGUAGGACCAGUGGUCCUCUCUGUGCUGAUCGAUCAUUUGCUGCUGCUGCUGAACGUGCAUGCGUUGUCUUUGCCAGCCCCGAUGAGCAAGCAGCCUCAGCAGGAGCUGCUGCAGCAGCUCCACCUGCUGCAGCAGCCAGACCAGCAGCAGCCCCAGCAGCAGCAGCAGCAGCAGCAGCAGCAGAGACACUGGAGACAGCUAAAAGACCUAGAAAUGGGGCUGCAUGCAUCGAUAGAGAAGCCUUCGUUUCCUUUUGUAGUUACAGCUGAGCGGCUGCUGUAUAUACUCACACAACUCAUUUCUCUCUUUCCUCACAUGCUGCCGCUGCUGCUGAAGCCCAUCGUUGUCGGUGUUGCUGCAGCAGCAGCAGCGCAUGCGCACGAUACCAGCAGCAGCAGCAGCAGCAGCUGCAGCAGCAGCAGCAGCAGCAGCAGCAGCAGCGGGAGCGCUGCUGCACCAGCAGCGGUGCAAACAGCAGGCCGUAGUUCAGGCCGCACGAAACUCAAACACCAGCAGCAGCAGCAGCAGCAGCAGCAGCAGCAGCAGCAGCAGCAGCAGCAGGCGAAUGGGGCGAA